GUUUCAAGUUUUCGAAGUCAUUUUAUUCUCUCUCAAAGCUUUAUUGAAUCGUGAAAAUGUCGGGCCGUGGAAAGGGAGGAAAGGGGUUGGGAAAGGGAGGAGCAAAGAGACACAGGAAGGUUCUUCGAGAUAACAUCCAAGGCAUUACGAAGCCGGCGAUUCGAAGAUUGGCUCGUAGAGGCGGCGUGAAGAGAAUCAGCGGCUUGAUCUACGAGGAAACUCGCGGUGUCCUUAAGAUCUUUCUGGAAAACGUGAUCCGUGACGCCGUUACCUACACGGAGCACGCUAGGCGUAAGACCGUUACCGCCAUGGAUGUCGUUUACGCUCUGAAGAGGCAGGGCAGGACUCUUUAUGGUUUCGGUGGUUGAUCCGUAUUUUAGGCUUCCGAAUUUGGUUCUAGUCUCUUUUGUAAAUCUGUUGCAAUAGUUUGUUGCUAAGCCCUUGUUUGUCAUUUUUCUGUAGUGCAAUGUAUUUUGAUUUCGAGCUUCAAUGGAUUUCUAUGGAAAUUUGUUAUCAAAAUAUAAUUGGAUUUAUAUA